UUUACAAAACAAACCCUACAUAAUAAGGAGUGAUUCAAAAAAAACAUCGCUAAAAGUCCUCAAUAUUGUCUUCACUACCGAACUUCAGGGCGAAAAUGUUUGCAUCGAGACAAAACGAUGAUAUUAGAAACCUUGGCUUUGAUCUCAAUGCGGAAAACGACGAUCCGUUUGCAGUUCCACCGCCUUUAAUGGAAGAUGCUUUAUUAACUGCCGACGACGCAGCACAAGUUGGGGAUGCUGAGAACAUCGGGGACAUAAAUCCCCAGGAAAAUGUUGAUCCAACCCAAGCUCCUGAUGUAACCUCAAAGAAAAAACGCAAUGUCGAUCGUGUUGUAUUGAACGAUGAAAGAUUGUGCUCCGACAAAGGCAUAAAGGCCUUAAAACAUUUGUGCUCUGAUAUGCAGUUUAAAGGAAAAGGCCAUGAGGUUUCUGAUUUGAAUAAGCUUCUUUAUCAUUUUGAGCAUUGGGCUCAGUGUCUUAUGCCGAAAUGGCCUUUUCAAAGUGUGGUUGAGAAAUGCGAAGUGCUUGGUUCAAAAGUCAAAGUGAAGAAAGAGUUGAAGAGAAUCAGAGAAGAAAAUGAUGAGGAAAACAUCUUGAGAGGUGAACAAGAUGACAACGAAUCAGAGGAUGUGGAAGUAGCUGCUGUUGCUGUUAGCACAGAACACGAGAAUAGUGUGCAAAUGGUCGAUGCAGCAGUUGAGCUAACAGAGGAACAGAGAGAUAGAAUCCAAAGAAACAGGGAGCUUGCUCUUCAGAGACGAGAAGCAAAAAGAAGAUGUUUGGAGGAACGUAAUGCAGAGUCACAGGCAGAUGGAAAUAACUCAGAAAUAUUUAUUGGGAAAGUAUUAUCCAAUUCACGAGAAAAUAGCAAAAGAAUGGACAUUUCAUCAGAAAAGACUUCUGCAGAAAAUCAGCAUGAUGACGACUUUCUGAGUGCUAUGGAAGAUGAUGAUGACAUUGCAUGUGAAAGUAUCAUUUGUGCAAAUGAGAAGUCCAAGUCACUUGAUGUGACUAAUAAAAAGAUUCAUGGAGUCACUACACCAUAUGAUACAAUAGAUAGCACUAUUCCAAUUGAAAGCAUUCAAGUGAACAUUCGUGAAAGGAUAAGUAGUAACUAUGACAUUGAGAAUGACAUUGAGGAUAACAAAGAUUUCGCAAUGGAUGAUGAAGGAUCUGCUGAUGAGUUUUUGAACAAAAGUGCAUUUGACCAAAAUCAUUACAGCAACGAAGAAAACCAGGAUGAAAAUGCAACGAUGAUAGAAAAUGAUGGAAUAGCAAAAAGUCAUGUGGGAUCUGGGAACGAGAACAAUGAGACAUCAGAUGAUAAAUUGACUGAAACAAUUGAAAAUGUGGAUAGUCAAUCUGAACUUACGGAUGUUCAAAUGAUAACUCAGGAAAAUCAUUGAAAAAUAACAUGUUCGAAAGAAGCUCUAUAUACAACCUGUUACGAUAAAUACAUUUAUUCUGUUUUAAUUGUCAUUGUUUUAUUUACAAUAAAAAUAUUUUAGCAUUCACAA